CCCGCGAAAUCGGCUCGGUAAAUUUGUAAACCUCUGGCACGGUCCACCAAACAUCCUCAUUCUUUCACCUGAAGACGGAAAUUUUUGUUUAGACGCACUCUACUUCGGUUCAGUGAAGGUCAAUUCGCGAGUUCGAACUCGACAAUGGAGUUGAUACUACCUUGGCUGCUCUGUAUGGUUUUCUAAAUUUCAGAUUCUCUAUCGGAGGAUGACGAAGAAGGAGAACAAUUUGGUUUUACUAUCGUCGGAUGAAGAAUACUGUGGUGGUCGAUCAUCUAGUUCCAGACGCAGAUAUCGAAAGACGAAGUCGCAAUCACCAUUUCCUCGGAAGAGCACUCGUCAAGCGAAGAAGGCUCGACUCUUAGGUUCUCGGUCUUGCUUGCAUAAGGAUUCCCGCAAUGUUGACGAGUUCAACUUAUUUUGUGAAGAUUUUGAUCAAGUAUUUUCUACCUUCAAGGUAUCUGCUGGUUCUGGAAACAUUUGCAGAAAUGAAUUAUGGAUUGAUAAAUACAGGCCACAUUCAUUGGAAGAGCUUGCUGUACACAAAAAGAAGGUAGAAGAAGUUAAGGUAUGGUUUGAAGAAAGGUUGAGGACGCCUAAGGAUGCUAAUGGAAACAAUGUUCUUGUCAUCACUGGUCCUGCUGGAGUUGGGAAAUCUGCAACUGUUCAUGUAAUAGCAUCUCAUCUUGGAGCCAGAUUAUGUGAAUGGGACACACCUACUCCUGUGAUUUGGCAAGAACAUCUGCAUAACUCGAGUGCAGGGAUACAAUACACAUCUAAACUGGAUGAGUUUGAAAACUUUAUUGGGAGAAUGAGGAAGUAUGGAGUAAUACCUUCAUGCUUUCCCAUAGACUCAAAACAACCGGUCAUACUCUUAAUAGAUGACCUUCCUUUGACCAAUGGGAAGGCUGCUCUUAGAAGACUUCAGAACUGUUUGCAUCUUUAUGUGCAAUCAACUCAAGUUCCGACAGCCAUCGUGAUUACAACAGAUUGUGCCAAAGCUGAAACAACAGACCUCACUGCACGGUACUUGGAAGAGAUUGAGCUCUGUCUUGAGAAUGCUGGGGCUUGUAAGGUUGCAUUCAAUCCUAUAACAAAUAACUCCAUUAAAAAGAUAAUUUCUAGAAUAUGCUCUCAAGAACAGUACAAUUUGGCAGUUGAACAAAUUGAUGCAAUAGCCAAAUCAAGUGGUGGUGAUGUGAGACAAGCAGUCAUGUCUUUACAAUUAUUCUGCCUGAAACCUAGUCAGAUAUGUUCAUCAUCAUUCAGCGCUCCAGAAUCUUCAAAAGAUGAAGAGCUGCCUCCUACUGUGGUGGAUGAUCAAUUCUCUUUCCAAUUUGGCCGUGAUGAGACUCUCUCUCUAUUUCAUGCCCUGGGAAAAUUUUUGCACAACAAACGACAGAGUAUAAACGAAUUGGUAUUAGACAGUGAGUUUUCCGUUCAAGAAAGUUUAUUAAGACGGCCACUUAAUAUGGAUCCUCCAGAAAAGGUUCUAUGUCAAACACAUGGGCAAGCCAGGCCUAUUGCUGAUUUUCUGCAUGAAAAUGUUCUCGACUUCAUGAAUGAGGAAGCUGUAGAUGAUGCAUGGGUUGUGGCUUCGUAUUUAGGUGAUGCUGACAUGCUCCUUUCUUCUUACGAGGGGAUGCUAGCCAGACAUAAUGAUGCAGAAAAUAUUCUACACCUGGCUGCUGCUUCAGUUGCAGUCCGUGGGGUAUUAUUUGGCAAUUCUCAUCCGUUGUCUUCCAGGUGGCAUACUAUUCGUAGACCAAAGCUUUGGCAAAUCGAGGGAUCCUCAUUGUUCAAUAAGAAGGAGAUGGUAAAACAAAGAUUUAUCGCUUAUGGUGGGAUCAGUUUAGCUAAUUUUUCAGUAGUCGCCACCGAGUACGUAUCUGCAUUGAAGUGGCUUGGUAGUAGUGCAUCCGGAGAUCAUGAAAAUUUACAGGUAUUGACAGAAGAAAAUACAAGUUUUGAUUUGGUGAAUUCAGGAGAUCGAGAAAGUCAUACUUCUGACGAGGAAAUUGAAGAUUGGUAAAUUAGAUAGGCCCCCGUUUUGUAAGCAAAAUCCCAAGACGAUUGGAUGUCUUGCUCCACACCUCAUGUGGUUUUGUAAAAUGUAAUGAACUCUCUUUAUUAUUCAAAUAUUAAUAUGAAAUUGAGUACAAAUUAUGUCUUUGUUACAAAAA